GCAGUCUGGGAUGCGGGAGCGUCUCCGGUGCUGUGGACCGGGGCCGCGCCUCCCUCCCGGCCUUCCGGUCUUUCUUGCCAGCUGGGCCGGAAGGGAACGGUGCACCUGCAGCCCAGUGUUCUCAGGCCCUGAGGCUCAAGAGGUUCAGGCUCAUUGGGGUCCCUCACCGUGCUCUGACGCGGGAAAAAGGUCUUGUCACCCACGGAGAGCUGAAGUACCGACGACUCGGACCUCAGCCCCAGGCUUUUGCUGUGGAGGACAAAAUCCUUAACUGUCCUGAGCGGACGUCCUGUUAGAGGGUGGCGCCUGGAUGAGCCUGGGGUAAUGCGGUGAGGACGGUGUUGCACUUCUUCAGAAACGAGUUGAUAGGACUGUAAACUGAGGAGGUGACAGCUACAUUUAUCAUUCACUACUGUAAUUUUGAAUGAAUGGACCAGUAAACACCUGAUACUGAUGUUAUCUAUAUAAAAGAAAGGAGCAAGUUAAGAAAAUGAUCCACAGUCUAUUUCUCAUAAACUGUUCCGGUGACAUAUUUCUAGAGAAGCACUGGAAGAGUGUUGUGAGCCAGUCUGUCUGUGAUUAUUUCUUUGAAGCUCAAGAGAAAGCAGCUGAUGUUGAAAAUGUACCACCUGUUAUUUCAACACCUCACCACUACCUCAUCAGUAUCUAUCGGGAUAAGCUUUUCUUUGUCUCUGUCAUACAGACUGAAGUGCCACCUCUCUUUGUAAUUGAGUUCCUACAUCGAGUUGCUGAUACUUUUCAGGACUACUUUGGUGAGUGUUCGGAGGCUGCAAUUAAGGAUAAUGUGGUCAUAGUAUAUGAGCUCUUGGAAGAAAUGUUAGACAAUGGAUUUCCACUGGCUACUGAAUCUAACAUUUUGAAAGAAUUGAUUAAACCACCAACAAUUCUGCGUUCUGUCGUCAACUCUAUUACAGGCAGUAGUAAUGUUGGGGACACACUCCCCACUGGGCAGCUGUCCAACAUCCCAUGGCGCCGAGCAGGGGUAAAGUACACAAACAAUGAAGCCUAUUUUGAUGUCGUUGAAGAAAUAGAUGCAAUUAUAGAUAAAUCAGGAUCUACAGUCUUUGCAGAAAUUCAGGGGGUAAUUGAUGCUUGCAUUAAGCUAUCCGGAAUGCCUGACCUUUCCCUUUCUUUCAUGAACCCGAGGCUUCUAGAUGAUGUCAGCUUCCACCCCUGCAUCCGGUUCAAGCGUUGGGAAUCUGAAAGAGUUUUGUCAUUUAUUCCUCCAGAUGGAAACUUCCGACUCAUAUCAUACCGUGUCAGCUCACAAAAUCUAGUGGCAAUACCAGUAUAUGUGAAACAUAGCAUCAGUUUUAAGGAGAACAGUUCUUGUGGUAGAUUUGAUAUUACAAUUGGACCAAAGCAAAAUAUGGGGAAAACUAUUGAAGGAAUCACAGUGACAGUUCACAUGCCAAAGGUUGUGUUGAAUAUGAACCUGACACCAACACAAGGCAGCUAUACAUUUGAUCCAGUUACCAAGGUACUGACGUGGGAUGUGGGAAAAAUCACUCCACAAAAGCUCCCCAGUCUUAAAGGACUGGUAAAUUUACAAUCUGGAGCACCCAAGCCAGAAGAGAAUCCAAGCCUCAACAUACAGUUCAAGAUCCAGCAGCUUGCCAUUUCAGGCUUAAAAGUAAACCGCUUGGACAUGUAUGGGGAGAAAUAUAAGCCAUUUAAAGGAGUCAAAUAUGUCACGAAAGCUGGAAAGUUCCAAGUGAGGACAUGAGAAGAGGCCAGAAUUCCUCAAGAUAUGUUUGUUUUCCAAGUGUCAUUACAGUUUAUUACCAUUAGGUACCAAUUGGAUGGGAAUACAUAUUCUAGUUAAAGCAUUUGUGUCGAGCCACACACCACUCACAGAGUUGCUUAGUAAUCAAUGUAGGGUUCAUAGGAGCUUUAAGCUAAGGAAACUUCUGAAUGACUUAGCUUAUUUGUAUCUUGUCACUUAGGAAGAUUUUAGAGGUGAUUUCCUCCAUAGGGAGACACCAGCUGGAGGCUGCAUAUUUUAAGUCAAGGCAAAAGUCUACAGUGAUAACCUCUCUCCUAAAACAAGUGAGCUGGUCUCAGCAGGAGCUAUCUUAGUCUGUAAUGUGAUGAUGUAUCAAGUGCAGCCAAAUAUCACACUUGAUCUUAGCCAUCCCAAAUCUUCUGUCCCAACAGAGGAAAAAUUCCUCCCACCCCAAGAAGUUUACAGAAAACUGCCUCUUCAAGUGUUUGCCUUAUUCAGCUUUUCACUUAUGCCAUUAAGCAAGCACUGUAGCAAAAGCCACUCCACAUGGCCCUUGCAGGGAGCACUGCUGCUCCAUGCUCCAUUCUCACUGUACUUGGUAUUGUAUUUUUUAUAAAUAAGAUUUUUAUGUAAAGCUCAGAUUUUGAUUUAUAGGGACCUUGCUGCAGUAAGUACCAUCUCAGUUUUGUGCCACUUGGUUCAGCUGUUAGCACAGUAAAAAUGAUCUGUAUCAAAGGGGUGAAUGCUUUAAGGUAAAAAAAGGGAACACUACUGCUUUUAGGACGUUAUUGCAAGCACAAGCAUUUGAGAUUUUAAGCAAAUUAAUGUAGUAAAAGAGAAACGUAAGUGAACCUUUGCCAUCUUCAUGUUUUAUAAAGCUUAUCCAACACCACUUAAAACCAGGUAGCCUAAAGGCCUCAUGCCCUAGUUCAGCUAAAGGAAGAAAAUGUGCCUGCCUCACUGUUGUCAAUCUUUUUUUUUUUUUUUUUAAAUCUUUUAUCUCUUUUUGUUGUUCUUAAGGGUUUCAGCUUCAUGGCUGGCAAGUCAGUCCACAGUUGUUAUCAUUUAACUUGAUUGACUUAGCAGUCCUUGCCCAGUUGUUUUGCUUCAUUAGACAUGAAGAAUGGAGAAAGUUAAGAUGUAAGUGCUUGUUCUUGCUAUUAGUUUUCUCUUUGUGACUCCAUUCUUUUCAUUGUCAACUUAUCCCUUACCCUUAUCAUGCUAACCAUAGCCCUUACACUCAUCCCAUUCUGCUGUCAGGGCUAGUGGUUGGUGCUGGUACAGGGAGCCCACUGUACAGCAGCAUUCUUACCUUUGCCUGCCUAGGGCACCCAGCCUGCCUUUCAUCUAAUAGGAAAGGUUACUUUUUGCAACUUAGUAAUUUCUAGGGUAACCAAUAUCAGCUUGGCAGCUAAAAUUAAGAUGUUGCCAAAUAUUUAUUCCCUUUGCCUAAGAUUGGUUACCCAGUUCAAUUGCUUUUCAUUUUAAUGUCUUCCUCUUCAAAGUUCAUACCUCAAAAGAGCAAUCAAUACAUUUGCUUUUCUUUCUGCAGAAUCCCUAAUCUCAAUCAUCCGUAUAUGGACUAAUUUUCUUUCUGUGCUAUCUUCUCAUAUACAAGCAGAUUGUAUGCCAAGAGUCCCUUGCUUCUAGCAAUUUCUGCUAAAACUUCCAAGUAGACUGUUUCCUUUUACAAUUUAAAUUAUUGUAUUUAUUAAUUUGAUUGAAUCCAGUAAGUCCUUUCUCUAGCUCCGGCUACACUGUCAAUAAAAAGAUGAAAGCAACAAGGUGAUUUUUUAGCUCGACUGUUAAUUGAGCAUUCUCAGCUGGGCAUGCCUCAGUGUUAGGGCAGGCUGAACACGGUCACAUUUUACUCUGCAUCAUGACACAAGGUGUGAGGGUUGCUGCAGAGCACUUCCAAGUGCUCCUCUCUUGACCUCAGCCUUAUAUACGUUCUCUAACCAUCACCCUUUUGGCCACAGGCUGAACAAUAAGUGAUCAAAACUACUCUCCCUACCACCACCUACUAAUAACAAAGAUCCAUGAAUUCUUAGUAGUAUUGAAAUAUUUUUCAAGCAUAGAAUUCCAGAUAAUUCCAGAAUAGCCUCAUUUUCUAAAUUCUUAAAGGAGUAUAACCCAAAAGCUCAUUUUCUGCAUAAAGGAAUCACCAUCAUUUUAUUCAAAGGGAGUUCAUGUGAUGGGUUCAUUCCUUAAGUGCUGCUAUAGACGAACCUUGGAAAAUACUGGUCCUGGUGUCCUUAGAGUCAUCUGACUUGAGAAAAACUAUAAUGCAGCAGGAAGGCAGCACCAGUGAACAUAUGGAAAAUAGAAAAAAUGAGGCCAUGAAUACUGUUUUCAGAUAUUGCUGAGCUAAUUCAGUACCUCUGGACAGUUCCCCUUAACUCAAGACAGCUGGAAUCUGCCUCCCUAGUCAGCAACUUUUCUAAGUUAAAGCAGUGAUAAAUGUAGUCAGCAGUACUAUCCCCCUUUAGUGAUAUUUACCAUUUUCAGAUCUAGAAAAUAAGGCAAAAAUACUGAUGUCCCAGCUCUACUUCAAGAACCUGUUCCUACUCUUAGAGCUUCCUCAAGCAAGAAGAGGAGUAUGUGCCCAAAAGCUAGCUCUGCCUCAUAACUCUGGUGGAUCCCUGACAACCCCGUUGUUCUGUACUGGGGUUUAGAAUAUUAAAUAUAGACCUGCAGUAUUCCUGCACAUGUAAUAGCUUUAGCUUAGGGGAUAGUGAUGACCUCCACAUACAGCCAGAAUCUUCUAAGAUGGACUACUUCAACCAGGGGAUGAUCUACUAUAUCAUCUGGCUGCUUUCCUCUUACUGUUAACCUUUUGUCACUUCUGCUCCUUCUAGUUUAUAAUCCCCAUUGUUGUCCUUUAUUACAAAGAUCUUGUUAAGUAAAUAUAUUACCGCUGGUUUCUACUUCUUCCAGUACAAUAUUUGGAUUAAAUAAAAAUCUUUAGUUUCCACAUUUUGAGGAUUAGCUUCACUGGCUAUUCUUCAAAACAAAGGAGAAACCUGAUCUAAAAGCUCUUGCUGAAAUAACAUACCCAUCAUUUAAAGCAUUAUUUAUAUAAAUGUACUUUAUUGUUUUAAACAGAAGAGGCAGAAAAUAUUUGCAUAUAACAAAUCCUAGCUUAUAAAUGUAGUUUUUUAGUGAUGUCUAAUCAGCUUUCAGGGAUUUUUUUUUUUUUUUUAAUUUGCUUCACUGUGUCUUGAGCACUGAUAUUAGAGAAAAGCACAUUGGCACAAAGUGUAAACCAGUGUCUCAAAACACUGGAAGAACUUCGAGAGCAAACAUGUUUUUCUUACUUCCUCUAAGUAGUCUUUAGUAAAACAAAAGGUGAUCUUUGGCAUAGAUUCAUGCUUUAAAGGCAUUAAUAUUGCAUUUAUAUCAGGUAAGCAACUAUACAAGGAUGCUGAGGGCCUUGAAAAUAAUCAUCAGUUAAAAGGAAACAGAGGAAGCCUGAGUGUACAGUACCAACUUAAGACAAGUUUUACACAUUCGAUGUUAGGGUCUAACACACACUGGAGGUGGGGAAGACAUUCAGGCAAGGGUUCUUACUCCUUUACUCAUCCAGUUCUGGCUUUGGGAAGAAAUAUAAUUUCAUGUGCUGGGGAAUGCUUAGACAGCAGUGAUAAGUACAAAAAAGGAAAAAUUGCCUUCUCUCACUUUGCUAAUAGGAAACUUACUAUGGUGAUAAUUAAAUAUUAUACCAUUACUCUCUUGAACAACUGUACUUAGGAGGGAGGGUAGGAUGCAAGGGGCUUGGCUGUCGUUGGCUGAGGGAGGUAGGAAUCAUUGAGGACUAUUUCCCAUCGAUUCAUCCCCAGCAGUGCCAGAAUUCCAGUCUGCAAGUACCACCUCCCUUAGGUAGGAAGUGUCCUUCAGACAGGACUGCCUUUCCAUUAGAUACUCCU